CAUAAUUUAGCUGAAAAACAGUGUCCUCAAUGUCAGCAGAUUGAUAUUUUUUCUGUCGAGUUACAGCAACCAUCAUUGUCUAAAGUAGAGAAUUUCUUUGCUCCAUUAAAUGAAUCAUUGGAAUCAUUACACAAAAUAUGUGGUUUUCAGAAUAAUCAAAUGAAAAUUAUGAUACAACGCUUUCAUGAAAUCGACAAAAAAUACGAAACAUUGAAGUCCCACUACUAUAGCCUAACUCAAAACAUGAAAAUGGUGAGAGAUAAAUAUAUUAAACUGAAAAUGGAAAAUACUGAACAGAAAAAGAAAUUAAUGUCUUUCGAGAUGCAAACUAGAACUUUAAACUCUUUAAGUGAUGUAUCUACACCAAUAAAAUCUAGCAACAACAGAAGUUCAAAAAUGAGACCUGCAUCAAAUUCAUAUUUUUCGUGUGGGGCGAAUAUAUCGAGUCAAUCAUUUGACGUGAGAAAGGGAAACGCAAUGUUCGAAGGUUUUCGUAUUCCUUAUCCUCAUAUAGUACGAUCAGUCGGUUCUCGUGGAACUUCAGAUACCAAUUCUACUUACCUUUAGAUUUUGAACAGAAUUAGAACAAUAUUUUAAUUUGUCUAUACAUAAUUAAAAAUGGUAACUGUAUCCUUCUCCUUAAGUCAUUAAAAAUCUAUAAUAAAAUACUUAUAAUCUUACAAUGAAUUCACCUUAUUAUUGUAGAAUUAAAUUUUACGAAAUAUAAAGAAUUAAAAACAUAUGGAAGAAAUAUUUAUGAAAAAGCAACAAAGAUUUUUUCUGCAUUUCUAUAGUUACUAAA